CUAGGACAACCAUGAAGGUCAUCAUCUUCCUUACCCUCUUAGGGGCUGCUGUUGCUUACCCCACUAGUGAUGAUGAUGACAAGAUUGUUGGAGGCUACACGUGUGCUGCUAACUCCCUCCCCUACCAGGUGUCUCUGAACUCUGGCUACCAUUUCUGUGGUGGUUCUCUCAUCAGUGCACAGUGGGUGGUAUCAGCUGCUCAUUGCUACAAGUCCCGAAUCCAGGUGAGGCUGGGAGAGCACAACAUUGAGGUCGUUGAAGGCAGUGAGCAGUUCAUUAACUCAGCUAAAACCAUCCGCCACCCGAACUACAAUUCUAACAGCCUCAACAAUGACAUCAUGUUGAUUAAGCUGGAAAAAGCUGCCACACUCAACUCUGCAGUGUCUACCGUCUCUCUACCCCAAGCCUGUGCUGCUUCUGGCACUUCAUGUCUCAUCUCUGGCUGGGGCAACACUGUGAGUUCUGGAGCUGACUACCCAGAUCUGCUUCAGUGUUUGGUGGCUCCCGUGCUUUCUGACAGCAGCUGCAGUAGUGCCUACCCUGGACAGAUCACCAGCAACAUGAUCUGCGUGGGCUAUCUAGAGGGUGGAAAGGAUUCCUGCCAGGGUGACUCUGGUGGCCCUGUGGUCUGUAAUGGAGAACUCCAAGGAAUUGUCUCCUGGGGUUAUGGCUGUGCCCUUAAAAACAAACCUGGUGUCUACACCAAAGUCUGCAACUAUGUGAGUUGGAUUGAGGAGACCAUUGCAAAAAACUAAGCUGCGUCCUCCAUGGCCCCUUUGCUCUGAUCUAAUCCUCUUGCAACUACAAAAAAUGGAGAGCACUACAGCUAUUAACCACAAGUGGAGACAUUGGAUCUAAAUAAAGGCUUUCAUGUUUUGUGUUGCAUCUUA